UCUUUAAAAAAUUUUUUUAAUGCAUGAACAUGAUAAAAAACAAAGACAAUCCUAAAAAGUCGCAUAAAAAUUAAAUCUUUUCUUAUCUUCCAUCUUCAAUCCUUCUCACCAAAAACAGCCACUAUUACCAGUUUCUGGUGUAUCCUUCCAAAGAUAUUCUCUGAAUACAUAACACAUAUAAGUGUGGUGGGUGUAAUUGUGCUCACACACAGCCUCUUUCCUUUCUACAUAAAUGGCAGCAAACGACAUGUUUCUCUGCACCUGUUCUGUUUUAAUUUUACUUAAUAUCUAAGGAGAUUUUUUUUUUUGUAUCAGUGUAUACAUCCAUGCUAUCUUUCUGGCUGUAUAAUAUUACAUUUAAUAAAUGUUUCAUAAUUUAGCCAGUCUCUUACUGGUGAAUGUUUAGGUUUGCAGUCUUUCUGCUACAAACAGCACUGUUAAGAACAUGCCUUCACAUUUAUCUUUGUGCACAGGUGUGCAUGUAUCUAUAGGGUGAAUUCCUAGAACUGGCAUAAUGGGGUUCAAAAUUAUGUGCAUUUUGAAUAUUGUUUGCUAUUGCCCAGCUGCCCUGCAAAGAGGGCACCAGUUUACAUUCCAUCAGUGUGUUUAAGUGCGAUUUCUCAACACCCUUGCCAACACGUAUUAUCAGGUCUUUUGAUCUUUGCCAAUCUGAUAGAUGAAGAUGAUAAUCUUACUGUGGUUUCAAUUUGCCUUUCUCUUGUUAUGAUCCAGCAUUACCUUGUCCAGGAAGAACAUUUGCUUAGAGCUGCCAGGCCGGCCCUUUGGGACCCCACUUGUUGAUCAUCAUCGUGUGCACUGCUUUUCUAUUCCUUUCUCUCUUUUUCUUUUCCUUGGCGCAAAAAUGAAACAAACUUAUUUUAAAAAACAAAGCCCUCAUGGGGAAAGAAACAUGACUGAUACAAUAACUAAAUUACAAUUUAAAAAAAGAAGAAGAAACCUAUUCUUUUGCUGAUCCAUCUCUCAUUCUCUUUUCCUAGUCUGCCACUAUAUCUUUUCAAUCUUUUCUGUUCCUUUUACCAGUACCUUACACUAGUCAGAUGCAUGAGUGCUUCAGACUUCUUUCUUUCUGAACAGGUUAAAAAAAAAAGUUCUCUGGAGUUCCUGUCGUGGCGCAGAGGUUAAUGAAUCCGACUAGGAACCAUGAGGUUGUGGGUUCCAUCCCUGGCCUCUUUCAUGGGUUAAGGAUCUGGCGUUGCUGUGGGCUGUGGUAUAGGCCGGCGUCUUCAGCUCCGAUUCAACCCCUAGCCUGGGAGCCUCCAUAUGCCACGAAGUCAUAAGGAAGCGUCUCCUAAUUGAUGGAGAUGGUGCUGGAGAUGAUCGGAGAAUUAAUCUGCUAGUGAAAAGUUUCAUUAAAUGGUGCAACUCUGGAUCCCAGGAAGAAGGAUACAGCCAAUACCAACGUAUGCUGAGCACACUGUCCCAAUGCGAAUUUUCAAUGGGUAAAACUUUGCUGGUAUAUGACAUGAAUCUCAGAGAAAUGGAAAAUUAUGAAAAAAUUUACAAAGAAAUAGAAUGUAGUAUUGCUGGAGCACAUGAAAAAAUUGCUGAGUGCAAAAAGCAAAUUCUUCAGGCAAAACGAAUACGAAAAAAUCGCCAAGAAUAUGAUGCUUUGGCAAAAGUGAUCCAGCAUCAUCCAGACAGGCAUGAGACAUUAAAGGAACUAGAGGCUCUGGGAAAAGAAUUAGAGCAUCUUUCACAUAUUAAAGAAAGUGUUGAAGAUAAGCUGGAAUUAAGAAGGAAACAGUUUCACGUUCUUCUGAGUACUAUCCAUGAACUUCAGCAAACACUGGAAAAUGAUGAAAAGCUCUCGGAAGUAGAAGAAGCUCAAGAAACAAGCAUGGAAACAGAUCCUAAACCAUAGACCAGCUAAUCACUCACCAUUCCCAAGAAUACUGAAGUAGCAACGUGAGCUUACUGUGUUUAGCAUUUGUUGUACUCUUGAGAUAUUUAAAGUUUUGGCAGUGAACUACUUGGCUUUUAAAUAUUAAUGCACGGUUCAUUCACAUUUUUUCACACUAAGGAAGAUGCCUUCAUCAUAGAUUUGUUUUUAUUGAAAUGCCUUUUUUAUUCUUAAAGUUGAAAGGAAGCAACAUCCAAAAAUGUUUAAUAAAAUGUUUUCCAGCCAGAUAUGUGUGUGCUCGUUGGUAUUUUAGGUAGUUUUUAACUGGUUCCUUUGCUCACCAAACAAAUGGAAGAUAGUGAGAACACAGCAUUUCUAGGAUGUACAUGAGAAAAUGAGUCAGUUUCUGGAAAUUGUUACCAUUUUUGAAAAUGAAGUCCAUGAACAGGCUCUCAGGAGGGCUGUGAACUUGUGAGAUUCUGUACAAAAUGUUUGUGGUGAAAGCUUAUUUGUGGGAGAGUUUCCAUGAUAUUAAGAAUCACUGGUGUAAGACCUAAUUACAAGAUGCAAAGUAAAUCAAUAUGCAUUUCUAGAUCUCUGUCCUUAGUGCUUGAGCAAUGUUGUUGUUCAAUGUUUUGUUGAAAUAUUUUCUAUCAUUUUGUUCUAUAGGGGUCAUUUCUAAGAGUCUUGCAAAAAUGAUUUCAUGAUCUUUUUAAAAGUUAAGCUCAGGCUGAAUCACUUAUAAUUUUCUUAAGUAUUGAAUUACAUGUCUAUAUCUUAUUGGGCUCUAUCCUUAUCCAUUUAUUUUAGUUCAGAAACAUGACACUUUACAUGAAUCAUACCUUAAUAAUGUUACAUUUCUGUAAUUUUAAUAAAAAUUCUUAUCUAUAAAAAUAAAGGUUUAAAAUUA